GAGAGUACUGCGUGUUGGAGCUCGAUGAGCGCCCGGCACUCCACACAAGUGGAUACCGCCAGUGCGCAGGGCAAGGCAGCAAAUAGUCGAGUCGUCCUCGCUCCUCGUCAUGUCGCCACCAUCGAAAUCUGUACCGAUUCCCAUUCACAGGUCGGCGUCGCACACGCCGUCCAUGAUGGUGAAUGCGAAGAAGUACCUGUCCGAUCGACCACAAUUACUCGAUUGUCCAAGGUGUAGGAAUCAUGGCGAAACGGAACUUCGCUUUGUCAACGGCUUUUUCACUUAUGUCUCCUUCUUAGUGAUACUCAUCGCCGGCGUCUUCGUUCUACCCCUCUUCUUCUUAUGGGUACCCUUCUGCGUGGAAACAUUCAAGGAUGUUGAACACUAUUGCCCUUCUUGCAGAGCAUGGAUUGGCACCUACAGACGUCUUGGAAAAAGCACUUGAUCAUUUUGUUCUCGCACUCUUCAUAACAAAGAUGCAUUUAUUUUAUGUCAGCACUAGAAUUACGAUAAAACAAGAACAAAAGAUGUUUUUAUUUUGCC